AUGGCCUCACCAACUUUAAGUGACCUUGACCUCGCAAAGGAGAAAGACAGGUGCCUCCUUGGAUGCGCCAAAGUUGAAUUGAAGCACUUGGUAUUCGAAGAAACGGGAGGAAUUGGGACCCGGCAUGUGACAAAGGCAAACGUAAACUGGUUAAUACGAAAGUUCGAGGUGGACAAAUGCCGCCGUCUCGAGCCACAGCACUGGAUCCCUGCCGUAGUCACCCGUAAUGGCCUCCAGGUGAUACUUAACGCGAACUCCCUAUCCUCGAUUGGCGGCGAUGACCCUGGAGACUUCCCAUUGAGCCUGCCCUCUGGGCAUGAGGUAACGUGCCUGCAGGGCCGGAUACGCCACGCUGCGGGAACUAAGUGGUUGGAAACUGAUGAUCAAUGGUGGAUUUUGAAACUCUACGACUCUCGGCUAUCCUCCGAAGCUCGAAGAAGCCUGCGGGAGGACAGAGACGCGUCUCAGGAAUUCUCCAGUGGGGAGAUAUACUGGAAUGUGCGGCACCAUGAGAGACAGGGUAAUGAUGAUGAGAGACGGAAGUGGUUGGCGAGGUGGCCCUCGCCAUAUAUGGAACGAGACUUCACCCAGCUACGUGAGAGCAUAUAUUCGCGACCCCUCUAUGAGGCCCUGGACAGGCUUCUUGAGUUUCGCGCUCUCUGGCCCGCCUUUCACGUGGGCAACUUGCAUCGACUGCUACCCAUGCGCUGUCCGGAGGCUUUGGCAAGCUAUCUCGACUUCAUCCGAGACGUGUGGAUGUGGAUAACGGACAGCAGGCCGUGGCGGCUGGAGGAGACUGAUGUUGAGCAUCUGGAGGGGCGUUCCCCAAUGUGGUCAAAGGCUGAUGGGAUCUACAUUGAUGAGGUAUUCAAGGACGGCACUGUAUUUUGCCGUAUAAUCAAUCAGGACGAGCGAGAGGUACUUCGUCAAAGGGUAAGGCAGUGCUCGACCAUUAUCCCGUCUAUCCGAACGUUCCUCGAGGAUUCUAAGUAUCUGGAGCCGAUGGCUAAGCUUGUGAGAAUGCUGCUCCCCCCUGACUUCAAGGGAACCGUGCAAGAGGGGAUGAGGCGUUGCUAUCAGCCAAGUGCCAAUGGCGUACUUCACAUCCAGACAUCGGCGGCCGGACAUCGCACGGCGCCUCGUGACGCGGAUGAUGACGGAUUCUGGUCAGCUUACAGACAGGUGUGGCUGGGAGCAAUGCGUGAUUGGUUUGGCAUUGUUCCCGGCUUCCGCCCUCGGAAAAUGACGAAGGUUCCUGGAACCGUAGCGCAGCCGCAUCCUUCAAUUCUGUGGAGUCGGUUCGUAGAUCUAGCAGUCUCUGUUGGCUUCAAUAUCUCUAAACGGCCGGACUUUUCUGAGUCGCCCGAGGAUAUCAUCCGUCAGUGUCUGUCGCUGCUCAGACCUGCCGAUCUGUUCGAGCAGGAUCCCGACCUCCUGUCCGCUGAGAGUCGCCGUGUUGCCGAAAACCUGGGCUUCAGACGUCGCCCUGCCGAGAUUGCGCGUCCUGCCCGUCCUUCAUUAACGACGGACCUUGGAGCGUGGUCAAUCACCGCCCGCUGCGGGAUGACCGAUGGGGCAUCCUUCUUUUCCGACCAGAAGUAUCUGUUCCUUGACAACAUUUAUGCUCGGCUUGAUGAUGUGCCCGGCGUCCAUCUGACCUCCUUUGCGGUCAAGCGGGACUUCUUCCUUGCACACUUUCCUCCUGCCGUCGAUUUGAUAAGGCAGCCAUGCUCGAGCUGGUCUUCCCCAGCAACGAUGCUUGCAUGUCCGGCAAAUGGACCUACCUGUGCCAACAUAUUUCCGUCUCAGGCGCAUUCACCGGCCCUUCCCUUCAGCGACAUGGCGAAUGAGGGCGAAGCUCCCCUUCUGACAGCUAGUGAGAACCGGGAUGUUCGACCUUCAUCGCGGGGAUUCCUAUCUCUCGCGCAUUCAUCUUACAGCCUUCACAGACAAAUGCUCAACCUACUGCCCUCCCUCUCGUAA